AUGAACCCUUCUGAUACAUCAUUUUAUAAAUUUGUUGUAGUUGAUAAAAAAAAAAGUACUGAUAUUAAAGAAAAACCAUUAAAACAAACUGUUGUUACCAUGGCAACUCCAACUCCAACUACACCUUCUCCCGAUGGGAAACAAACCACCGAAGAAAGGAAAAAUGAAGAAAUUAUCAAAAAUAAUAACAUAACUAUAAAAAGGGAAGAUCAAGAGCCUGAAACUAAACCACGAGAAAAGUCGUCUGUGAUUGGGAAUAUAAUCAAUUUGGCAAGAAAUAAUUCAACUAACCAAUCCAAAGGCAGUCCUAUAAGCCCAACGACGAGUGUUGCAAGUGUUGUUACAACACCUUCAAUUUCUGAUAAUAUCUCACCUUCAAACAAUGCACCUCGUAGUUCCGCAGUUGAUAUAUCCUCCACUGAAAAUACUGUUACACCAGACUCUUCUUUAGUACCACAAGCCCCAGCAAAUAUUUUUUACACUUCGCCCCUUUCUAUUUCUCCAACAACUCCCCCUAAAGAAAUUACUUCUGAACCACAACCUAUACAAUCACCGCAAACUCCUCAAACUCCUCAAAAAUCUAAACCAUUUGAUUUCGUUAAAAGAAUGAUAAAAAAACCUUCUCAACCUGUUGUGUCGGAACAACCUACUGUUCCGGAAUCUCCAAUUUCAACUUCUGUAACUGAAAAUACAACCACUGAUAAGACAAAUGGGUUAUCUGUUAAUACUGAUUCUGUUCAAGAAGAAAAUGAUAAAAAAGUAGUUGAAGAAACUGUUGUUAUUGAAAAAGAAGAUACUUCAGAGCCUGUUACUCGUGAUAUUGAACCUAAAUUAAACGAUGAAGUUAAUGAUGAACUUAAACAUCCGGAUAAAAAACUUAAAGGUGCUCCUAAAGUAAGCGUACGUGAAUUUAUUACACGUUGUUCUAAUGUUGUCCUUACCAAACUUCAACAAGAAUUUGAUGAACUUGACCGAAGAAUGUAUUCCGGUGUUAAUCCAAAUGAAGUGGCUACACGUGAAAUUGACAUUUCAAAAAGUGAACGUGAACAAUUAUUAGGAAGACCUGAUACUGAAUCUGAUGUACAAUCAAAUGGUGAUGCACGAAGUGCUUUGGCUGAUGCUGGUGAAGCACUUAAUGAACGUGGUGAAAAACUUGAUGAAUUAAAUGACCGACUUAAUGAUUUAAGUGGUUCCAGCUCUGAAUUUGCUAGAUUGGCCGCUGAACUUAAAAACAGAGAGGCUAACAAAAAAUGGUACCAAAUUUGGUAG